UUCCAGCCCAGUGUCUGGCUUACUUUAGACAAAAUUUUACCGAAAUUGAAGUAUGGAAUGAUGCCCAUGCCCUGGCCAAACAGCGGAUGGGCUCGGACAGUGCGAUGCGCCGUCCAACUUCCUUGUGGCUCGUUGAUGGCCCCCAUCCGGGUGGGACGACCCCUAAGCUUCAUCAACCCGCGCCCCAAUGUGUCGCGGCCGGUGCCGAUUAACGCCUCAAACAACUUCCUGGACAUCCAGGUGGACCUCGUCGUCGCAAAGGACGAGCCUCCGAAGGUGUCCCUGCCCUCGUUCAUCUACUACCACAGUCCGAUGACCAGGCUCCUCACCAAGCUGUCGCUGCUGCGCCUGAAGCUCUUGUGGGACUGGAGCUUCUCGGAGCACGUCUUCAUGGACAACUCCACCCAGGCGGCGGCGGUACUCACCGAUUUUGUGCGUCGCCGUCGGACCAGGAACGUGGAGCGCUGCACCACGCCGAUGGGGUUCAAGCAGAUAAAUCACGAUCUGCUGGAGGGGACCUUCGACUGGCGCCUCAAAAUGAUGCGGUUCGAGAAGCACCACUUCCGCCGGGCCAUUCCGCUGAAGGUUCAACUCUUGCCCCACUACGACCACCGGUUCGCGUUUAUCGACGUGGUCUAUGUGGCGUUGCGGCGCUCCAACGAUUUCACGGACUUCACCGACAAGAAGGAUAUGAGCGUGCUGAUGAACCAGUACGUGGAUCCCACCCAGCUGACCGUCUCCCAUCCGUUGAUCUUCGCCGAGGUGUUCCUGCGGUUCCGGCGUGACUACUCGGUCACACCGACCCGCAUGGGCAACGUCCGGGAUAACAACCGGUGCAUGGGCCAGUGGCUAGUUUCCACAUACAAAAUUGUGCGCUUUGAUCUCCUCAACCACCAUCCCCUUUUCGACGUACCUGUCGUGGAGCAGACGGCACCCCCGAGUCCGCUUCCGGUUGCCCGUCCACCGAUCCGGAGCAGUACGUGAAGCCAU